AUGAGCCCCCACGCCGCCCCGCUGCAGCCCACGCCCCCGCGCCCCUGCGCCCCUGCGUCGCCUGCUGUCAGCCUUCAUCAGCGAGCACCCGUGCCAGCCCUGCUGCCUCUGCUCUGUUCCGGGCCCCCUCGCCUCACCUGCAACCCGCGAGACCGGCGAACCCGCGGCUGCCCCUGCUCUGUUCCGGCUCCCUUGUUGUUCGAUCUCAGCUGCCGCUGGUCACUGCGCCUCUGGAGCUCCGAACUAGUGAGCCCCUUGCCAGCCACCUCCGCCACCAACGCCACAGAAGCUGGUCCCACUUGCCCUUGCUACUCUGCCCCGACACCUGCAGCGCCUUCGCCGGAGCCCGAUCCGCUCAGACCUCCGCCCAGAUCUGCUCGAGCACCAGCGGCACCGCCCUCCACCCGAAGCCGCGAAGCCACCGAGCCGCAUCGGUCACCUCACCAGCACCGCCUGUGCCCGCCGCGAGCUUGCCCUGCUGCACCUCUACCCGCCGGUCAUCGAGCCAUCUCCGAAUUGCCGGACCGCCGGAGCUCAACACCUCCGCAACCUCCGAUCGACGGUGAUGCCACCGUUACAGUUGCUGCCCUUCACUGGAGCCAGUGA